CUCUCUCCCAUCCCCAAACUCUCUCUCAAAUCCAUAAUUCUGCAUUUUGGGCGUUUUUACCUCGAUAAGGGUUUCUCUGGUUUCUCGUUUAUUAAGCCAGAGAAAACCUCUCUCUCUCAAAUCCACAUCAUUCUGGAUUUUGUGCGUUUUUGCGUAAAUUAGGGUUUCUAUCGAUCUUCUCCCGACCAGAUUGACGAUUUUUUGCUGAUCGAUCUGGUAAAAUGGGAGCCUUCAUAUCAAGAUUCUGGUUCAUGCUCUUCCCGGCGAAGGAGUAUAAAAUCUUGGUUGUUGGAUUGGAUAACGCUGGAAAGACAACAACGCUCUACAAACUGCACCUUGGGGAGGUUGUCGUCACCAAUCCGACGGUUGGGAGCAACGUCGAGGAGCUUGUCUAUAAGAACAUUAGGUUUGAGGUUUGGGACUUGGGCGGGCAAGAACGAUUGAGAACCUCAUGGGCGACAUACUAUCGGGGGACACACGCCGUAAUUGUGGUGAUAGACAGCACUGACCGGGCCAGGAUCCACAUAAUGAAAGAUGAACUGUUCAGGUUACUCCAACACGAAGAUCUCGAGCGCUCGGUUGUCCUAGUCUUUGCGAACAAGCAGGAUCUGAAGGACGCCAUGUCACCAGCCGAGAUCACAGAUGCCCUUUCACUCCACAGCAUCAAGAAUCAUGACUGGCACAUCCAAGCCUGCUGUGCCAUCACCGGUGAUGGACUGUAUGAUGGCUUGGGAUGGAUAGCCCAACGAGUCACUGGGAAGGCAACUAGUUAAUCAAGGCCUAUUCAGUUGUGCCUUGUCCCAACGGAAAUCAUGUUUGAGAGUGAAAACAGAAACUUUCUUGUAUGUAUUUGUCUACAUGGGUUUUCCCUGAUGAACAGAAUUGAUAUGUAUUACACUUGGCGUUUUUUUUCAAUUGGAAUGAUGCAAUGGAGCAUUAGUUCUA